UUAAAACGAAAGUAAAAGUGGAUAAAUAAUCAUUAGUUACAUAACCUUUAUAUAUUAUAUAACUAUAGAGUAGAAUCUAGUCUUAGAGUUGACAGAACUAUUUCUUCAGUCAUGAAAAUAUCAUUCUACUUACCUAGUAGAUCUAGAUCUACUACUACUGCAGUAGACUAGACUGCUGAGUCACUUUGUAUGUUCACUUUUUUGGACUUGGCUUCUUUGUCAAAACUUGUCUUCACUCACUUCAGUGUCAGAGUAGUUCAAAAGUGUAAUACUAGUAAUAGAGUUAUUGAAGUUAGUACUAGUUUGUUAGUUAGGCCUACUCGUAGGUGUGCAUGAAUUACUAAAUUAGAUCUGUCGAUUAUACUUUAGGCCCUAUAGAAUUUAUAUUAUAGAUAUUUAUUAUUUUUAGGCCUACUCAAUAAAAAUAAAAAUGCUGAAAACCAUAAGUUUUGCUAUUCUAAAAGAAAAACAUAGAUCUAUAGCUCGUAGCUUGUUUAAUUUAAAAUCAAAUCUACACUAUCAAUGUGUGACUUUGACAAACAACUUAGCAGAAUCCCAUGGAUCAUCUAAAUUUGUACCAGCCUGUGAAGAUGUGGAUGUUUCACAACUAAAAAAACUUCAAGAAUUUAUCUCUACUUACGAUAAGUUGUUUAUCUUGACUGGAGCAGGAAUAUCAACUGAGAGUGGAAUCCCAGAUUAUCGGUCAGAAGGAGUGGGCCUGUACGCAACAAGUACAAACAGGCCUGUUCAGUAUAUUGAUUUCCUAAAGAAACCUCACCUACGUCAAAGAUAUUGGGCUCGUAACUUCAUCGGCUGGCCCAGGUUCUCCUCCUUUCAGCCGAAUUCUUCUCACUACACUCUCAGCGACUGGGAAAGGAAGCAGAAAGUCCACUGGCUAGUAACCCAAAAUGUGGAUGCUCUUCACUACAAAGCUGGCUCUCAGUGUUUGACAGAGCUGCAUGGCAGCGCACACCGUGUUCAUUGUCUGUCGUGUUCGUUCAAAAUCUCUCGGCACGCCUUUCAAGACAUGAUCAAAGAACUUAAUCCGACUUGGUCUGCUGAUGCUGUAAGCAUAGGUCCAGAUGGUGAUGUUGAUUUAAAUUCAACGCAGAUAACAGAAUUCAAGGUACCAGACUGUCCACAGUGUAAAGGCAUCCUAAAACCAGAGAUCAUCUUUUUUGGAGACAAUGUUGCUAAGGACACUGUACACUUUGUCCUAGAAAAGAUGUUUGAAAGCGAUGCUGUUUUAGUCAUUGGCUCAUCCCUUGAGGUGUACUCAGGCUUCAGAUUUGUGAAUCGUGCAAAGGAACACGGAAUGCCAAUUGCUGUCAUCAACAUUGGGCCCACAAGAGCAGACAAGCUUGGGAUUUUAAAAGUUAGCGCCAAGUGUAGCGACGUCUUGCAAAAACUGAAGCUUCAUUGAUUGUGAUUUUACUUUAUAAAGAAGAUUUAUUGUAAUAAAAACGUGGAUAUUAAAAAAAUCUAAUAAGCAUAGCCUGUUCAUCUUUGAAUA